AUGGAUUUGGAGAUAAUUGACGACUCCUUUUCAUAUGCUGAUGCAGAUACAGUAUGCAACAUUUGCUUCGCCGAAUUUCUCGAUACGGAAGACCUGCAAACGCAUUUGUUCCAAGUUCACGCCAACAAUGAACGCUUCUGUUCUUAUUGUGUUAAAAUUCUGCCGGAUAUCGAACAAUUCAUGAUGCACAUUCGUGAUAAACAUUUAAUUAAAAUGCAUUGGUGCAAAUACUGCUUUCGUUUGUUUCCAGACGUUGAAUCUAAACUUGUGCACACAAAAAAACACAAUUAUCAACCAGGUAUGACAAUAUUCUGUUCUCAAUGUAGUAAGUGUUUCGACGCGAACAACGAUAUAACGCAACAUGAAUAUGAACACGAAAAUGUCGAGGGAACAGCUAUCUAUCAAGGCUUUUCUCUCCUUUCCUCAUUACUCAAUAUGAAUGUCAAGGAAUUCCUUAAGUCCAUAUCAAACACUAGCAAAAAAUUUGUAUGCGCUUGCUGUAAGUUUGCUUGCCGCAGUCCACAAAAAUUUAUUGAACAUUCAAAGAAAGCCACAUGCCGGUCAUUGGUUUGUGACAUAUGCUGUGCUGUUUACCGUAAAAGGCGUCAUCUUAUACAACACAUUAACGGGCACAACAAGAAACGCUGGACAAACACAUGCCCCAAAUGUAAUGCUACCUUCACAUGGAAAGGUUUACGUGAACAUAAAAAGGUUUGCUAUGAGAUAAAGUGUUCAGAUUGUCACAUGCAGUUUGAAAGUAUCGAAGAAUUAACAAGCCAUACAUCUAAAGAGCAUGUUGGUACAAUAACUGUGGAACGGUGUAAGUUCUGUGAAAAGCAAAUUAUUGGUAAGGACAUGCUAAAGAAACAUUUACAGUAUGCCCACAAAGGAACCUUACAUCUUUAUAAGUAUAGGUGUAUUGACUGCGAUAAGCUCUUUAAACACCCUAAAUUGCUUUUUGCACAUUUCUUUUCAACGCAUAAGGACUUGAUGCCAUAUACUUGUAAAAUCUGCAAUAUAAACUUUAGAGUACGCAAGAAAUUUACACUGCAUGUCCGUUUGGACCACAAGAGUGCUGGUUUUGUUGAGUUUGAUGAGAACUUUCAUGUUUAUUUUGUUGAGAAGAAAUCAGAGAACCCCUUCGUGCCAAAGAGCAUUUAUUUUGAUGAAGCUAUUGAUGAUGAAAAAGCCAAAUGUAUAGAGGGCACAGAUACAGAUUUAACCGAAGAUUGUACUGACACCAAUGAUAGAAAAUUAACCAAAAAAUUUAAAAGGAAAUCAAAACAGAAACCGCAAAAUAUCAUCAUGGAUUCUUCAGACUCAGAUACACCUUUGUUGCAAAUUAGGCGAAGAAGAGGACCAUAUUGGAAGACAUCUCACAAAAAUCAACCAAAACCAAAAUUUGUAUGUAAGAUUUGCAAGAAAAAUUGUUAUACUGCUCAAAAUUUUAAAUACCACAUGAAUACUCACAAGAAACGAUUAAGAUGCAUCAAAUGUCAUAAGACAUUCUCAACCGACAUCCGUCUGAAAAGACAUAUUGUGGAACACCAUUCGAGCUCAAAACUGAUUGACACAUUGAAACGAAUACAAGAGAGGCGCAAGGCUAUUGUUCUCAAUGAGCCACCCAAAAAUCCCUUUGAGGAUACCCUGAAAAAAGUACACUGUGUAGUCACGGACACACCCGCUAAAUUAACUUUAGUUAAGAGCAAUAAUGUUUCAGUCAGAAAUUUCUAUGAGAGUUUUGUUCCAAGCAAGGAAAAGAUCAACAUUGAAAGUUCUGUAACAAUGAGAAUAACUUCAGAGCACAAGGAACCAGUCAUAACUUUGAAAAAAUGCAGAACAGAUGUUGUAUUUUACGAAGGAUUGAAAUUGCCUGUUGAAGUUCCCCAGUGCCCAUCCGACACGCAGGCCACAUUGAAGGUUGUUCAGGGCGAAAUUCAAAGAGCUAAACUGAAUUAUGGUGACCGCCUCUAUAAGGAAGCAGAUAUAGCAACAAUGGAGACAGAUCAUUCGUACUGUGAGGAAUAUUUUGACUGUGAUCAAAUCAAUGGUGAAGAAGCAAAGAUGAUUCCAGAGGUGGCCGAAGAGGUGAUGCUUUCUAGUGAAGAACCUUUACUGCAACAGAAUAUUGUAUUACCAAACAUACCCAAAGUGAUGCAGUCAAUUCGUAUAGGGACUUUACAGCCUCAAGCACCGUAUUACAAGAUUUUGAAAAUUGAAGAUAUUAUUGAUAAUGUGGCACCGAUGACAGCAGAGGAACCAAAUGAAAGAGAAGUCAAGUUAGACGGGAUACGUUUAGUGAGAGUGAAUCCUCUUGCUCAUUUGGUAAGCGAGACUGCUGUGAAGCAUCAUAAGAAGAGGUAUUACAAACCCAAGGAGCGGGAUAUAAAGAUAGCAAUGAUGAAGGCAAUGAAGGUACAACCGAAAAGGCUAAGACCUUAUAAGCGAAAUCCACAGAUUAAUUUACACGAGGAACCCUAA